AUGGGGCAUCUCAAAUCGUGGACCAUGCUUUCGCCUCUUUCUCGUUCCCUGCCCAUUGGCUUGCAGAUUUCGCAGCUAAGUCUCGUAGGAAACAACAGUUACCCUAACUUGUUCUCCCGCGAUAUCUUGGACCUCUUAUAUAGAAAGACUGGGAAGCACCCAUACAUCCGUGUAGGAGGCACUUCUGCAGAUCGCACAUACUACAACGAAUCGCAGAAAGAGUCGAUCUUAGUUGAAUCUGGGGCGAAUGGUAUCCCAUCCGCGGUGCAUGUUGGUCCCGUCUACUUUGAGGCCUUCAACAACUUCCCAGGUUCAUUGUGGAACUUCCAGGCCAACCUGGCCAAUAAUGCUACCUGGGGCCUUGAAAACACCUUGAAGGUAUGCAAAAAGGUAAUGAGCACACUCAAGAGCAGCCUCGUAGCUUUCGAGAUCGGGAACGAGGUUGAUCUCUACCCGUGUGCAGUUCGGCCAUGCGGAUACGACGUUCACGACUACAUUCAGGAGUGGAAUACGUAUGCCGAUGCAAUUUCGAAACACGUUCUCAAAGGUAAUCGCUACGGUUUAGAUGAGCAAAGAUUCUUCCAAGCCCUUGUCUUUGCAAAUGCGGAGCUGAAAAGUUUCACCACCUAUGCAGCUGGUAACCAGGCCUGGGUCCGACUCCAAGAGACUUUCAUGAACCACACUGCUGUUGUGGCUAAUCUCAGCAUUUAUUCCCCUGCAAAUGACUACCUGAGAGUGAACUACCCUAACAUCACCUUUCUACUGGGAGAGACAAAUAGUGACUACACUAAUAUCCUCAUGAGUCAAGUUGAGGGAGUUUUUGGUAGUUCGCUUUGGCUCAUUGACUACUUGAUGUAUGGCAUGUCUAUCGAGCGGCAGAACAUCACCCGCUUCAACCUCAUCCAAGGAACAACCUUUGGAUACACAGGCUGGGUUCCUGUGCCUACUGGGAGCAUGCAGCCCUAUGUCCGGCCGCCGCUUUACGGUCAGAUUGUCGUGGCAGACGUGAUUGGUCACGACCCCGAUGUUCAGAUCCUCCCCGUCGAACUUGGAACCAAACACUGGAAGUUUUCCGCUUAUGGCGUCUACGAGUCGACCAAGUUGCGUAAAUACGUACUCAUCAACCUCGACGAGUGGAAUUCUACAACUCGUUACCCUCGACCAGCCCAACAGGUGAUACUCAAUUUCCCACCCGGCGUUAGAUCCGCUACAAUUCAGAGACUCCUUGGAGAGGGAGCCAGUGCGAACUCGAAUAUUUCAUGGGGUGGGCUCAGCUGGAACUACACCCAUGGGCGGCUCGCGCAGUCAGGUCGACCACGUCACGAGAUAUUGCGCAUCAGAAGAGGCUCAGCCAAGCUCACAAUUCCAUCUACAGAGGCCGUUGUUGUUACGCUAGAACAAUCAGAGUGGUAG